GGGGGUGCACGUGAGCUGGGUGCAUGGCCGGCCGUGCCUGGGGACGGCCACGUGCAGCCUCCCCGUCCUCGGCCAGGGCUGCGCUGCCCGCCUCUCCCCUCCCCGCCUGCUUGGCUGGCACCCAGCAGCCUCGCGGGACGGGCCGGGAGCGGGGCUGAGAGCUUUUUGGCAAAUCACGGCCUUGUUGAAAAGCGCGUUUCCAAAGCAGGAUUUAUGGCGUUGGCUUGGCCCCGCUGCCUGGCUUUGGCCCGAGAACAAAAUGCUGUAGCCAAACCUGCGCCGUGAACGGCAUGGGGUGCACCCCGUUCCCCCCCUGCGCCCCUAAAUGUGGGGCUGAUGGGGUCGGGGUCCCUGAGGGAUGGGGUGCACGGGAUGCACCCCCUGCCUGCACGCAGCUCCCGGGCACGGCGGGGCCGAGCUGGGCAGCCAGCACGCGGCAGAGCCGAGGCAGCCCACGUGCUCGCCAGACACAUCUGGUGUCGGUGCAUGUGCGAGCCCUGUGGGCACGGCACCGGGGCUCCCCCUGCUCCGGGGGCUGUGCAGCCGCUGCCCCGUGCAGCUGGGGCUGGGCACUGUGGGUCGGGGAGCGCUGGACCGCGGCAGGGCCUUUGCCCUGUCGUGCUGGGUAGGAAUUUGCCCCGCUGAGCAGAAGCUGUGGGUCUGGAGCCAAGCCCAGCCCCAGGCUGCCCCUUUCCCAGCUGCUCCGGGGGGGCUGAGCUCCCCCUCCCCACACCACUCAGUGGCCAAAUGGCCUAGCCAAGUGCCCUGGGUCCCUGCGGUGCCGGCAGGGCAGUGAGCUGGUGUGCCCGGCACCCUGCUGAGCACCAGGCAGGAUCUGGCCCUGCACAAAGCCUCUCCCCAGCCUCCCUGCACACCCUGGGCAAUGCUUGGCCGGGGCUUGGCACCUUGCUGUGGGCACCGUGUCCUGCCCAGCCUCCCCGCAAGUCCCAGGACGCAGCGUCCGGCCCUGCGCCAAGGUGUCCCCUGCCCUGGGCCCCCUGUCCCCUCCCCGUGCCCCGUGAGAAGUGUGGCCGUGGAAGCAAAGUCCAGGAGCUGCAGGCACUGCACGGAGAUGGCGGCCGGGCUCCCUGCGAGGCUGGGCAUGGGCUCUGCUGCCCGCGGGCUGCGGGGACGGCGCCUGGCUCACAGCGGGGCCGCAGCGCGGCUGCAGCAGGAGUACGAUGCGGUGGUGAUCGGGGCAGGUAACGCGGGGUGAGGAGCUGGCGGGGAGGGGGCGGCCCCCGGCAUGCUGCUUGUGCCGGGGAGCUGCAUGGGGGCUGGCACGGAUGGGUGUGUGCUGCAGCUCCCUGGCAUGCUGCUGGCUAAGGGGGGGUCAGAGCAGAGCUGGAGGAUGUGCCUUUGUCCCCUACCCCGUCCCAUUGGGGCCCAGGGAUGUAGGGAUGGGGGAGAAUGCUCCCUACAGUGUCCAGAGCUUGUUAUUUGGGUGCCCUGCAUCCCUGGUGUGGGGAUGUGCUGUGCUGUGGGGCCGUCCUGGCUCAGCCGGGCUCAGCUCCCCUCCGUCUCUCCUUGCAGGGCACAACGGGCUGGUGGCAGUGAGUACCGGCGGCAGAGCGCUCACCCUGGGGACGUUGUGGGGCCGAGGAGGGUCUGCAGUGAGAGCAGGGGCUGGGGGCUCCCAGAGGGAUUCAGGAAGCGGGAACCACCCUGGCGAGGGGUCAGGGAGGUGGUUGGGACCAGGAGGACACGUGCCACCCGCAGCAUGAUGCCACACUCCCCGCAGGCUUUCUACCUGCAGCGGGCAGGGCUGCGCACGGCCGUGCUGGAGAAGCGCCACGUGCUGGGUGGCGCGGCCGUCACCGAGGAGAUCGUACCAGGCUUUAAGUUCUCCCGGGCAUCCUAUCUGCUCAGCCUUCUGCGGCCGCAGAUCUACACCGAGCUGGAGCUGCAGCGGCAUGGCCUCAGGGUGCUCCCGCGGGACCCCUACUCCUUCACCCCGCUGCUGGAGGACGGGAGCCCACCCCGCGCCCUCCUGCUGGGGCACGACAUGGCCCAGACCCAGCGGCAGAUCGCCCAGUUCUCCCAGAAGGAUGCUCAGGCUUACCCUGCGUAUGAGGCGUUCAUGGGGCGCUUAGUGUCUGCCAUUGACCCGCUGCUGGAUGCCCCCCCUGUGGAUACAGCUGCCCUGGGGCAGGGCUCCCUGCUCCAGCGGCUCAGAGCCCUGCGAGCCCUGCAGCCCCUGCUGCGGGCAGGGCUGGCGCUGGGACGGCAGCUGCCCCGCUAUUACGAGGUGCUGACAGCCCCCAUCUCCAAGAUCCUGGAUCACUGGUUUGAGUCGGAGCCCCUGAAGGCAACCCUGGCUACCGACGCGGUGAUUGGAGCCAUGAGCAGCCCCCACAGCCCUGGCAGCGGGUACGUGCUGCUGCACCAUGUCAUGGGCGAGCUGGAGGGGCGGCGCGGUGCCUGGGGCUACGUGGCUGGUGGCAUGGGGGCCCUGUCCCAAGCCAUCGCCCGUGCAGCGACCAGCCGGGGCGCCCACAUCUUUACCGAGAAGGCCGUGUGCCGCGUGCUGCUGGGCAGGGACGGGCAGGCGCAGGGCGUCGUGCUGCGGGACGGGACGGAGGUGAGGAGCAAAGUGGUGCUGUCCAACGCCUCCCCCCAGAUCACCUUCCUGGAGCUCACCCCUCAGGAGCAGCUGCCGGAGGACUUUGCCCGGCGUAUCCGGCGUGUCGACACACGCUCCCCCGUCACCAAAAUCAACGUGGCAGUGGAUCGCCUGCCCAGCUUCCUGGCUGCCCCCAACGCCCGUGACGGCCAGCCCCUGCCCCACCACCAGUGCUCCAUCCACCUCAACUGCGAGGGCACCCACCUCCUGCACCAGGCUUACACCGAGGCCGCUGGCGGGCACCCCUCCAGCAGGCCCAUGAUCGAGCUGUGCAUCCCCUCGGCGCUGGACCCGGGGCUGGCCCCGCGGGGCUGCCAUGUUGUGUCCCUCUUCACCCAGUACACCCCGUACGAGCUGGCGGGCAGGCGGCCCUGGGACGAGCAGGCUAGAAAUGCAUAUGCGGACACGGUGUUCGACUGCAUCGAAGCCUAUGCCCCAGGCUUCAAGGCGUCCGUCAUCGGCAGGGACAUUCUGACACCCCCGGACUUAGAGAGGGUCUUCGGGCUGCCCGGCGGGAACAUCUUCCAUGGAGGGAUGUCCCUGGACCAGCUGUACUUUGCCCGGCCAGCACCAUCCUACUCGGGCUACCGGUCCCCAGUUCCAGGCUUGUACCUGUGUGGGAGCGGAGCACACCCUGGAGGCGGCGUGAUGGGAGCAGCAGGACGCAAUGCAGCCCGGGUGGCUCUCGGGGACUUCAAGUGCCUGUGACGGCAGCGGGGACGCUGACGUGGGGAUGCGGCUGCAGUGAGCCCUGUUGUCCCCACGCAGAGCCUGCUGUCCCCACCUUGCUUGCCACCACUGCAGCGGGCCAGGCACUGGCAGCAGCACCCCUGUGUGGGGGGGGGCAGGCUGGCAGGGCCCGGGCUGACCCCCUCCCCAGGCCCCACCAUGCCCUGGGUGUUGUGGCACCCACGGAAAUAAACACAGCCAGAGGCUAUGCAUUGGCCCUCU